AUGAAGACCGCGCAUCGCACGAGAGAUAUGCAUCUCCUCGUUGGCGCGAGUGGACGCCACGUCCGAAUGCCCUUUGCAUCUGGCUUGCUGCAACUUCUUGUUGCGGCCGCCGGCAACGGAAUAGGCACCACACGCAAGACAGACGACCACCGAGCCGAACCUCUCGGCAACGUGGCCCAAUUCCUUGCACAAAUCCACCUCCCCGUCGACCCCCCCGACGGCGACGACAUCAACCCGCUCCCCCUCGACGUGCCCUGCCUCGGGGCCACACGCCUCCUCGAGGUCACGGGCAGCACGCACGGCUUCGGCAACUGCGGCCCGAAGAGGAGGAGGGGGAGGAGGAGGAGGAGGAGGAGGAGGAGGAGGAGGAAGAGGAGACGUGGCCCAAGACGAAGCUAG